AUGGACUUGAGUUUCUCGACUGAUCAUGAAAAAUCAUCGCUUAAGAUGUCUAGCCAGUUAUUUACGAAAAAGAAAACAAAUGAAAAAAAAUACGCAAAUCCAAUCGGCCUGUCGGGCGUUGAAUUAACUGUUCGGAUAACGGUAGAAGAAUCUUACUUUAAGAUUUACUUCAAUGAUGGAAAAACUUUUAUUAAAUAUAAUUAUGUAGCCCCUCCCUGGAUGGUUAAUUGGAUUAUUGUAAAAGGAAAUAUAGAUAAUGUUAAAUUCGGCAAUGAUGCAAAAAGAUGUCUUCAAUACAUUUCCAAACCACUUCCGCCACACAUAACAAAAAUUGAAAAUUUGAAAGAAGAGGAAUAUAUAUCUGUGAAGGGAAAAGUUACAAAAUUGGAUGAAAAUAUUUUAAUUAAUUUUUAUUAUGGAGCUCUUGGAUGGGAUGAAAAUAGUCAGCAUAAAUUUAAUUUUUACAUAAUAAAAAAUAUAAUUUUUAAGGAGGAAAUGUUGUUUUGCAGACAAAAAUAA